AUGCUCCUCGUCCGCCCGCGCGGCGCGGCGCAGGCUCAACCCGCCGCCGCUGCCGUGGCUAAACAGUCUUCCGCGGAAGCAGAUGGUUACGCGCCGUGCCCGCAGUUCCAACCCUGGAGGGGCGCGCUUUCGCGCAUCUCUGCGUGCAAGUGGCGCAGACCGGAUUCCGCCUUUCCCCCAAGUGCCUCCUCCCCGUCCGUCGCUCUGCGGCUGUUUAUGAUUGAUUUCCUUGAAGACAAGAGAGGCCGCGCGGUUGAGAACGAGUGCCGCGAUCGGCGCUGGAUCUGGCCGCGACCGCUCGUCACGGGCGGAGAGGUUUGCGUGGACGAGGAGGACGAGCUUCAAGUGGACGGCGAUGACUCUAACGAUGAUGACAAUAACGAGGAAGAGUUGCCCGAGCUCGUGGGCGCGGCGGAGCUUAUGGAGCGCGUGCGCGCGGCGCUGGGGCAGAGGCGCGGGGAGCAACGGUCGCGGCUGGAGGCGAACGAGGCGGACGAGGUGGGGGAAGUAGGCGCGCUGGGGGGAGGCGGAGUGCUGCGCUUCGAUGACGUGUUUGUGAACUCCAAGGGGACUGUUUUUAACGAGAGCCACGUGUUUUCUGUGGACGCGUGCGGGCGGGGCCAGUGGAACCGGCAGGGCGGCGCAGUGAAGGCGCUGAAAGAUUCGAUUUCCUUUGCGCCGGGGACACGCGUGAGCGUGCACGAGCACCUGGUGAAUCUCCUGCCGUACGAGCAGGAGGAGGCGGAGCAGCAGGCGGAAGAGGCCGAGGAGGCGGAGAUGGCGGAGCGGGGGCUGCGGGGGACGGACUGGGUGGCGCAGGCCCGGCUGCACAACGGCAAGGAGCGGCUGCUGGCGCGACUGCUCCCCGCGCUGUACAUGGUCGCGACUGCGCUCAUGCCCGCCGCAAGGCAGUACCCCCUGCUGCUGCGGAGCGAACACCUUCUGGAGCAUCUGGGUCGCAGCAUGUUCGGGGUGGACUUGGCGUCGCUGUCAGUGCACCACCUACCGGCCAGCAGGCAGCACCGCGAGGGCCAUCGCCACCUCUUCUACGCAAAGACACUCUUCAUGCCCGUCCAUGCCAGCAGCGUGUGCGGCCUCUCCUCCUCCGGCCGCCCGCGCGCCCCCGACGCCCUCUGGCUGGCUCUCCGCGGCCACCACCUGCUGCCCCCCGACGGCCUCCCCAUCCUCUCCCCCGCCUGGACCCCCCGCCUCACCGCAUCCUUGCAAGCCACCUCUCCCCCGCAAUCCGCUCCGCCGGCCCUGCACCCGCUGCACCACCUCGCGGUAGGGCGGACGCUGCCGGAGGAUUGGGUGGUGGUGGUGUCGCUGGUGUGGAGCGCGCACGUGAUGGAUCGCGGCGGCGGGGGCGUGGGCGACGGGAACUUGCGGACGGCGGCGACGCGGCACACGGAGGAGGCGAUGGAGGCGAUUGCGGGGAUGCUGCGCGAAUUGUACUCGGAGGAGCGCGUGGUGGUGUACGAGGAGCAUCUGCCGCUAAGGAAAGCCAAGGAGUUGUUUUCGCGAACGAUUCUGCUGGUGGGACCCACGUCGCCUGCGCUCUCGAAUCUCAUCUUCAUGCCGUUUAACUCCACGGCUAUCGAGAUCUUACCUUACGUUGUGAACGGCACUUUGGAGUCUAGCAAGAGCAAGGUUGAGGAUUUGCAGCGAGAUGGGAAAUCCGGCGGGAAGUUGUCCAGCCAGCAGAGCACUGCCACGUGGCACUACAGGCUUUCCGAGCGCGUGGGUGUGCAUCACCUGCUGUCCGUGUGCGAUCCUGAGAGGAACCACAUGGAUGAAAGUGAGAUGUGCCACGUGGAUGAGGUCUACGCGACGGUAACCGCGUCGCUGCGGAAGAACCCUGUGCUGCGCGAAGCCACAGGGUUACCACCUGUGACCUUCCCUCCUGAUGACGUCAGCAGAUUAGGGGAUUUCCGCGAUUUCAUCCCGGGGUCGAGGUUGCGGAAGGGGGUGGGCCAGGUGGCGGGAUUUCGGCAGUGGGCGGAGUGUGUGGCGGAGAGGGGGGAGUGGCGCUUCAACGCUACUCCGCGGGUGCUGGCGUGGCCGGAUCACGGAGUCGAGAAGUGCGACGCGGAAUGGGAAGCCGCUGGCGGAAUCGCGUCGACGAAAGCGGAUAAGGUCGCGGCACGCGGACCAGCAGCUGCAGCUGUUUGGAAGGUUCGAGAUACACUCAAGUACGAGUGGGUGGUCCCAGCGAACAAGUGUCCGAAGGUUACUGGUUUCGGAGCAGCGCAGCUGGCCGUGCCUAGUUCCGAGGUGCUGAACCUGGGAGAACUAUUUUCUAGGUUUGACGGUCGAGGUUUGUGUGAGCUGGCGCGGCGGAGAAAAGGCGGGCUGCGGAUUGCGUUUCUCGGGGAUUCCCUGUCUCGGGAAUCUCAUGUGAAUUUCGUGAACAACAUCGUCAAGCACAUCCCGAAGCCCGCGAACGUUAUCACGAGGCGCAAGUGCAUGACGUGGACAACAAUUCUCGGAUCGAAGGUGGACCUGACUUGUAUGGAGUACUCGUUUGAGGGAGCUGGGUGCCCAGGUUUGAGUGUACACUAUGUGGCAAACAGGAGACUAAUUCCUGUGAAUGAGGAAAAGCUGGAGCGGAUAAGAUGGAUUAGCACCCCGUGGAUGGAGGUUCCUGGUAUACGCAAUUCCCAUGUGCUGGUCAUCAACCGUGGAGCACACUAUAAGGUGAACGAGAACGUGGUGGAGUCAGUAACCCGGAUGAUGCGCUUCAUUCGUUACAAUCACCCUAACAAGCUCGUGAUAUACAGGACCACUGCUCCAGGCCAUCUCAACUGCUUGGAGCACACUCGACCUAUAAAGGAGAGGCAGGACCCAGAACAGCUGCCCUACAAAUGGGGCAACUUCAAGCUUCAAAACGAGCUGGUGAAAUCAAUAGUGGAGGAGAACGGGGGAGUGUACAUGGAUGUGGACCCUAUGACUGCCCUAAGACCAGAUGGGCACAGGGGGGACGUGGGAGGCACACGGCUGGAUUGCCUUCACUAUUGCUCACCUGGACCAGAGGAUACGUGGUCCCAGUUCAUCUACAAUAUUGUAAUGAGGCUGCUCCCUCAAUAA